UCUCGCAACGCGUUACGCCAGUCCUUACUUUGGGAUUGGACAUAGCAUCAGACCUGGGGGCCGUCUGGGGGUGAGCGACUAGCCAUACAUACGGACAGGUACGACGGUUCAGCAAAAAGUUUAUUUUCCCCCCGGGUUCACAAAGCACCAGACACGGUCGACUUGUUCUCCGGGUCGCGGGAAACGGCCACGCUUAAAUACUGCCGGCCACCUCUCGCAUCCUGACGAUUCGUUCAAUCCCAAGACCUUUUCGUUCCAGGCCUCUCUAGACUGAAACGCAUCCCUGCUGGCCGGGUUGGCAGACACUCGCUCAGAUAUUUUGAGUUCGGAAUUCUUGGUCCCGACUUUGGCCUUCUUCUUCACAAUAUUUAAUAUCUAAUACCGUGCCCGAAGCAUUCGACCGAGCUAGAAAACGCCCGUCUCGGCUCUCGAGGUUGUUUAUGCUCCAACCCGUGCCCGGCGCUUGACGAUCUUGCAACCUACCCAGCAUAAGCGCAGAAGAUCGUGGACUAGGAAGACAACAGGAUAUCAACUUGGGAAAGACCCUGAAAAUGCCCGCCCAAACCAAGCUCGCUCCUCUCAGGCGUGCCGCUCCCACCAGGUUCGAGUUCCUCGACGACAACGACAGCGACAGCAAGAACGACAUUGACCAACCUCUGUCUGCAUCUCAUGCGGCUACGGGCCUGGGCAUAAGUGCUAGAGUAUCUGGACACAAGACCGUCCCGGUGCAACCCCCGCCCAGAAACCCGCGACGUCUCACAGCCGUUCAGCAAAAACAGACCUACCGACCCUACCGACCCACCUCAUCAAUCUACUCGGAAAUUUCUCCGCCUCUUGCACCCCACGACCCCAAGCAACCUAGCACGCUGGCGUCCCAUUACUUUCAACGCUAUCGAGGGGGCGAGGAGAUUUCGCCCCCCAGCUCGCCAGAGCCGAGCUAUGCUCAGCCCCACCAUCGGCCUCCCAUCCUUCCACCGGGCGAUGUCUCGCCGAUCGAGGAAGAAUAUGAGGAGACGGCGCAAGGAGCUUCCGAACCUCAGCCCUAUGGGAGGACCCAACAUCCACACUUUUACCAGGGUCCGGGUUCCCACUCACCUCCAUCGAAGCUCAAUGCUGCGGCCAGCAUCAACGUGAUGCCCCGUGGCCAGCGCAGACUUUCGGACGCGGCCCUUCGCAAUACUCAUGUGAAUCGUGCACCCCCAUCGCGACAACCCCGGGCCCCGGGACCGGGUUUACCUUUGUUUGAUCCGGUAACCGGCGAACAUCUGGACAGCGCGCAUGGCCGUCCGCUGAACAGGCCUCCGCCGGGUGCCCCCCAUGGCCCAGAUCCGAGAUCCGCUCGCCAGCCGCCGCCGCCGCCGCCGUUUGCAGGGCCACAGCCGAAAAUGGCUUCUGCCAGGGAUAGAAUGAUGAGGAUGAUGAGCGCGAGCCCACGAGAAAGCGGGUCAGACCCAGCAGCAGGAGCUUUCGCGGCCAAUCGUCCUGGUUGGCGUGGACCAAGCGGUCGAACAGCUAUCGUUGAUCCCGUCCGUGGUCCUCCUAAGGUCCCCCCACUGAGGAUACCCGAUCGCGAUGGUAGACGGGUUGUGUCGCAAGAUUCCGGACCCAGUCAAAGACCCGAGUUGUCUCUGGGUAUUCCUAGACGGAAUCAAAUAUCCCCGCCAGCUCGUGCUGGUGCACCGAUGGGGUUUGCGCCACGGGACCCCGGCCAGAGAGUCAUAUCCUCGUCUCAGGUUCACCCGCAGUCUGCGACGACACCGCGACCGCUGAGAAGUCCAAUUUAUCCGAGUCCACCGUAUUCUGCGAUUACCCCACGAGGAGAUGCACCGUUCGUAGCAGCCCAGCAGCUCAAACGUGACGGUAUGGGUCCUCAACCUCCGAUGGCGUUCACCCCUGUUUCACCAACAAACACUUCUGUGAACUCCAGCCCACAGAGCUCACAGCCGAAAUCGGUUCAGAGGAAGCCCACCUCAUCUUACGCCAACCAUCAAUCCCAGGACUCUUUCUCUUCAGUUUACUCCCAGCAGCAACCUGAGGUGCCGAGACCGAAGCAACAGCCUCCUACCCCCCAACCCGUGGCUGCCAACCCGCUUCCGGCCGAUGAACCUUGUAUAAAACCCCCUUCGCGUUUCAGCGUGACAACGUAUGCGUCCAGCAUAUCCACCAUAACCCACGCCCCACGCGAGUCCCUGGAUGAUUUCCAUGACAAUAGUGAUUACCAGCCCUCAUUAUCCAGCAUUUCGCAGCGGCGUCGUUCAGAGAGCCCCAAGGACGAAGAGCCGGUACAAUCCAUCAUGAACAGGAGCAGACCCAAACUUGAAGGCUUCGACUACAAGAAAAACCAAGUCCCCAUCGUCGUCUCCCUCAAAGACCAAAUCGUCUCCCCCUACGAGAGUGUCGUCGACCGCGAAUCUCCCGCUGCCCGCGACCGUCGAGUCGGUAUCGCAAAUGGAUUCAAACCUACUCCCAGGCGCGUCUCCGCCACCCCCUCCGACAUCAACAAAUCCCUCCCUCCGGCUCCUCCUGAACUCGAAGCUUUGUCCCUCCACGACGGCAAGCCUUCCAGCCCUAAAGACCUCACCGCCUCUGAGCGCGUAGCGCUCUACGACGCGCAAAUCCAGGCCCUCGGUAACCGUCGCAUCAACAUCACCCGCUCCAUCAAACAGAUGACAGAGCUGAUGCCGACGGACAACAUUUUGAACAGCGAGGCGGUCCGCCGCAAGCGCGAAACAGAAAAACAAAAAGUCGAAGGCCUAAAAACAGAGCUGGCAGAGGUGCAGAGGCAGAUGUACGAGCUGGGACUGAAGUUGCAUCGGGCGUAUAAGAGGCAAGAGAAGGAGGCGACUUUUGAGCCUACUACGCUUUGGGUGAGGAGGGUUACUGGGUGAGGGGUUGGAUAAAGAGGGAGCUGGUGUGGGACAUGGCAAUUGACUUGCUUUUUGUCAGUCAUAUUUGAACAUGUGACAAGUUCUUUUUCCUAUGUAUGUCUUGGGAGGACGGUCCUCUUCUUCUUUAUGAAGAGCAUGCAUGCUACAAGCGAGCGGGUACUAGUGCCGCGGUGCAGUUCAAGUGGAGUUUAGGCAUGAGCUGUGGGGUUUUCUUACUGCUCUUUUUGCGAUACGUAUAAUGACGACCAAGUAAAGUUUUCGUAUUUGUAUCUGUAUGGAUGACAUGUUGGGGCAGUUAGUGGGAUAGUUCCAACGGCAGAUGGAAGGAAAUAAUGGAUUGACUAACUGCAUACCAUUUGGUCUUCCAUACGUACAAUAUGUGAAAAGCAGUACAGUUGAGAAUAAUUAUCGUACAAAUUGCAUAGUCAAUUGUACAAUAGCAUGCACAUGAACAGAAAGUCCCAACUCAACUCGGUACUACCAAGAGUCCAC